AUGGCUUCUGCAUCAGCCACAGCUACUCUUCUCAAACCGAAUCCUCCUCCGCCGCAUAAACCGAUCAUCACCGCCUCCGUAUCUCCGCCGCUUCCUCGCCACCACAACCUCCACCGCCGCGAUUUCCUCUCCCUAACCGCAACAUCAACACUUCUUAUAACGCAAUCGAUUCCGUUUCUUGCUCCGGCACCGGCUUCUGCGGCUGAAGAUGAAGAGUACGUUAAAGAUACGUCGGAAGUGAUCAGUAAAGUGAGAACGACGCUUUCGAUGGAGAGGACAGAUCCGAAUGUGGCGGAUGCGGUGGCUGAGCUGAGAGAAGCGUCGAACUCUUGGGUUGCUAAGUACCGGAAAGAGAAAGCUCUUCUCGGAAAAGCUUCUUUUAGGGAUAUUUACUCGGCUUUGAAUGCUGUUUCCGGUCAUUAUGUGAGUUUUGGUCCGACUGCUCCCAUUCCGGCGAAGAGGAAGGCGAGGAUUCUUGAAGAGAUGGAAACUGCUGAGAAAGCUCUCUCUAGAGGAAGAUGA